AUGUCACCGGUGGCGGAGCACGGCUGUUGCUGGACGUCGUCAAGUGCACUUGAAAUGGAAAACUCAUCGCCACCAACCGGAUCAGCACUGACGUUCAGCCAUGAAAAUGCUCACUACACAUGGAACGACAGUUCACCAUACCACUCCAUCUUGCUGGACCCAAUCUUGGACACAGUCAUCGAACCUGUUGAAGAUCUCUACCCCUAUGUGCCAUUACGUCAGUGGAAUAGAGAUUUUGUCGAAGAUAAACGAGCUGGGGCAUGCUAUGGCUUUGCUAUGAAUGAACCAGUCCAAACUCUCCAACAGAUGCGAACGAUUCUCCUAAUCCAAAUAUUGGCUACCUUGCUGAUCAUGGUACUUGCUGACGAGGUCAACCGAGCGAAGAGGAGCUACUACGGCUACGACUACGGUUAUGGAGUUGAUGGUGACUUCUGGUAUGCUGGCCGCAUUCUGGGAAUCAUCCUGGGCAUUUCAAUGUUGCUGCUUUGCUGCUGCAUUCCAUGCGUCUGUCUGGCUGGCAUCUGGUUCCUUGGUUGGUUCGGUUUGCGUCAACGUCGUCAGCGCAAGGCUAACGCGAGAUCCGAAACAAUCAUCGGUACUCAGACGCAAGCGUCGUCUGCUGCCGCAAUGCCUCCACCUACUCCAAGAUCUGAGGUGAUUUCGCACCCUAUCCGUGUUGACGACUCGCCUCCUUCACGUCAUUUUUCCGAUACCAAUAACGUCAUCUACACUGCCGAGGACCGCUACUACACUUCUUCUGCGUCAGGAGAGCGCCGACCUGAUCCGUACAGGCCGUCCCGAUACUAG